CACCACCAAUCCCACAAACCAUCAAUCUCAAACACCAUCAACUCUUCAAAGAAAUCAAAAACAAACAGCCUUCAAAAUCAUUAUCCACCCUUCGCAAAAUGCAAAUCACCACCGUCUCCAUCUUGGCCAUCUUAGCCACCCUCUCAGCCGCCACCCCGGCCGCUGAUGCCCAUCAGCAGCUCCAGGCUCGCGCCGUAAACUGCAAGAACAUUGUGCCCGCAUGCUUUGGCGGGAGUAAAGGCGCCAAGACUAACUGCCGCUGCAAGGGGCAGAAGGGCACCUGUGACUUAUGGACUUGUCCAGGCUCCAGCGCCGGCGCUAUGGUUUGCGGCCAAGAAGAAAGUGGCUGCGUCUUCCUCUAA